AUGCGCAUACGUACAAAUCACUAUCUUAUCCCUCUUGUAUCUCCUCAUUCCUUUCUCCUAUCAAGUGGAAACUGUAUCGCCUGUGCACAAGCACCACUUGAGGCUAAGGCAAGGCACUACUGGGACCUCUUGUAUUCGGGGACUCUAGUUCGGCUACGUGUCCGAUUGCGUGUCCCGCCUCGUGAUUUCAGGUUAAUUGCUCUUCCUCUCGUCUGGCUCUCUCAGACGGGCCCUCACCGUUAG